AAGACUUAGUUAGGACGUGGGAUUGGAAAUUGUCUAGCUUUUCUAGAAGAAAAGAAACGAAUUUGUCCAAAGUGUGACCCACAUCAACCCAAGAAACUUAUAAAUUAUAUUUAAAUAGUAAAGAGUUUAUAUAUAUAAGAUUAAAGAAAUCAAAAUCAUGGAAUCUAUCAAAGUCCAAAUCUCCAAAUCAGAUCAUCUCUCCUCCCAAAAGCCAAAGUCCAUACCUCUCUCCUUCCCAUUCAUUCAUCUUCUUCUCCAUGACUACAUCAGCUUCAAUGAACCCAUCUCUCUUUCGAGUAAUCUGUAUACUCCACUCAGUCAUUGCUCUAACAAGUGGGACCCUAAUGAUGUUCUACACAGAGAAGGCUUCCAUCUUCGGACCAGGAAGUGAGAUCGCUAGCAAACUCAAAGGAUCAACGCCGCACGAUGAACUACUCAUUCAGAUAUCUCAGUCUUUCUCCGGUUUGCUCCUCUUUGCUAUUGGUUUGAUACUGUUCAUGGUGUCUUUCGUUAAAGACAGAGAGUUUCACGGCUUCUUCGCUGGAGGGUCUGUGAUUCUCUACGUGUUGAUGGCUUCUUGGAGGGUUUUGUUCGAGUGGAAGAUUGAAGAUCUUGCUUAUGAAUGGCCUAAGCAAGCUCUUGGAGAUAUAGCUUUAGGGAUCUCUUGGGUUUUCUUUCUUGUUUAUUCAUGGAGAGAAAAGUAUGAUUGAUUGAUUGAUGUUUUUGAUUCUUGUUGUAACUUGUGGGCUAAGCAAGAACCUUUCAAUCUUCAGAUUUGGUAAGAGAGAAACUGAAAGCAUCUGUCGGAAUUCAGACAAGAUCAGAUCAGAUCAAACAAUAAAUAGUUUGGAUUCACAUCUUCAGAAGAUCAAGGAUUUUAUUUUGUUUGGUCUUUAAUUAUUGCUAUGUAUAUCCUUUAUAUUUUGCUGAACCAAUCCAAACUCAUUGUGAAAAGAGAAUCUGAGAUUCUGAUUUUUGAUUAAUUAAUUAUGAAAAAACUGAAAAUUACAUUC